AUGGCGUCAAAUACUACUUCCUCUUCUCCUACACGAGAGCUCUCUCCAUUGGAAGAUCCUGGAAGUCCGUUUUUCAUGCACCAUGGUGAAUCUCCUGGUGCGAUCCUGGUUGUUCAACCUCUCACUGAGGAUAAUUACCCUAAUUGGGCCAGAGCAAUGAGGAUGGCUCUAGAUGCUAAGAGUAAGCUCGGAUUUGUAGAUGGAUCCAUCACUGCAUCAAUGGCAAUUUCACCACUUGAGAAAAAGGCAUGGUCCAAAUGCAAUUCAAUGAUCUCUUCGUGGAUCUUGAAUUCAGUUUCACCUCAUAUUACUGCUAGUGUCAUUUACAGAAACACAGCCUUUGAGGUCUGGAAUGCUCUUAAGAUUCGGUUUCUACAAGCAAAUGGACCAAGAAUUUCUCAACUUCAGAAGCAAAUUUCCACCGUGAUUCAAGGAGAUUCUACAGUGACAAGCUUCUUCACUGAUCUUCAAGCUUCUUGGGAUCAAUUGUUAAAUCUGAGGCCUCUGCCAUCAUGUUCAUGUGGAAAAUGUACUUGUGGUGUGAAUGAGAAGAUAGGGCAUCAUCACCACCAAGAUUCAAUCAUGCAAUUUCUUAAUGGAUUGAAUGAUUGCUACUCACAGGUCAAGACUCAAAUUCUCAUGAUGGAACCUGUUCCAUCUGUGGAUAAGACUUUCUCGUUGGUAAUCCAGGAAGAAAGACAACGAUCUUCCAGUAGUCAUGCCACUCCUUCAGUGGAAUCCACUGCUCUGGCUGUCCAGAAUCAAUUUUUCAAUCAAGGAUCUUUUCCUGGCAAGAAUUUCAAAGGGAAUGUUGGAAAGGGAAGGCCUAUGUGUAGCUAUUGUGGAAAGGUUGGGCAUGUUAAGGAGAAGUGCUAUAAGCUUGUUGGAUUUCCACCAGGCUACAAGCAAAAGGGAAAGCAGCUUCCUAUGGCUAAUCAGGUCAUAAUGGAGUGUGAUCAAGCUCAGAAUGAGAAUGUGCAUCAGAACAACAAUUUCUCUUUCACUCCGGAACAGUAUCAGCAAUUGAUUUCAUUGUUGAGCUCACAUGCAUCCAGUUCUGGUGUUUCUAAUGAAGCAAUUCACACAGCCAAUUCUGCCCUCUUAGGACCUUUCUUGUUGGAAAACGAUUGGAAUGGGUAAGCUGCAUCAUAAUCUCUAUCUGCUACAAUCUUCAGAAUCUUGCAAAUCUGUUUCCAAUGUAUCUUCUAUCUUAGGAUCCAUUUUCAAUUCUUUUGAAAAUAAUGUUGUGGAU